AUGCCAGAGACAGGAGCAGAAGCGGAUUGCAAUGCUGAGGUUGUGAGCUGCGAGAAUGCUUCUGCGAGUGAGUGUGGGCUGAAGAAGACGGCUCUCGACACACUUGGACUUGGGGAGCCUGGCAUCGCGCACGUUGAUUGCGAUGCAGAGACGACCCUUCCUGCUACACCAGCCACACCAUCUUCUACGUACACGGGGAGUUCAAAGACAUGCGUCCUGGACGGCACCUGCGAUCUUAGCGACAUCGAGGAGCUUGCCAUUCUAGAGGUCGGCCCGAGCCCUGCCUCCUCGAAGAGGGGUCCAAGGGCCUCGGCCCGAGCGAAGGCGAAGCAGGCGGAGCAGGCCAGCAGCGGCGAGGCGGUGGGUAUCUCCGAUGACUCUGAUGUGGAGGUGCUGGCAACGACACUGCCCAAGGAGCCGGUCAAGGCUGCGGGAUGCAGGAUGCUUGGCGGUACUGAGGAGACGGCGGGAGAUGGUGAUUCAGCGGACCCCGGCAGGCAGGCGCCACGUGUUGUGGAAACCACUCUCUCGAGUCUCUUCAGCUCUCCAGCCGGCCCAGAAGAAAGCCUGGAGGAUGCGACCGAGACACCGCUCUCCCCGAGGCCGGCGGCAUCCCUCAGGACAGACCCAAAUUUGUUCUUCAGCCCCAUGCCCAUGCAGCGGCACACAGAGGCGGCCAGUACGCCAUCCCCAAGUCAAGGUCAGCUUUUCUUCAGCCCCGUGCCUAUGCGCCGGGAAGAGGAGUUGCAGAAGCAGCCGGCAACCCCUCCGAGGUCAGCCUCUUCCUGCUCACGCUUGUUCUUCAGUCCAGUGCCUAUGUGUCGAGUGGCCAAGGGGCCGCCGCGGGAGCCGAAGCCCGAGGAGCCGAAGGAAGACGCGGGCUCUGCAGACAGGGGCUCGGAAUCAUGUGCUGCCAAGUCCUCGCAGACGCGCUCCUUAAGUGCUGCAGAGCCGGAGCAGGUCGAGCCCCUCGAAGAAGCCUCAGAGGACGAGACAAUGCUCACGGAGCUCCCUUCCAAGAUCUCUUGCCGAGCCAUCUCGAGUGGCCGCAUGCAAGCGCCCGCCGAGCAGUUGAGUUUGCGCCGGGCCAAGCGCAGACCUUGGACUGCGCUGCAGGUAACGAGAAUCCCCAGCGGUUCGGCUUCGCGGCCCAAGCGGCAAGGCUUGGCUCAGGCUCUCGCGGCAAAGCUGAGCCGAACAUCAUCCUCCACAACGAUGCAGGGCCGGAAACGGCGGAAGACAACUCAGGAUCUUCCGGCUGUGCGCUGCCAGCAGGCUCGUGAGCCGACUGGGCUCGCCAGGAAAUCAGGAAGCGCCGACGAAGCCGUGCUGAAACCCAGCACGACGGCCGGAUCGAUGCGCCUAAUUCUGGCGGGCGAGGAUGCAACAGGCAGAAAACCUCCUGCACCCCUCCGGACUCCGCCACCACCUGCCAGGCAACGGAAGGUCGAGUCCAAAGAAGUUCUGGAUGACAGCGACGACGAGCGACCUUUGAGCACACUAGUUGAUGCUGAAGAUGCCCCCUUGGCGCAGUUGCUGCCGAGCUCGACGUGGUCCUGUCUUCUAUCGCAGCCCCUGGACAGCGCCGAGUUCCCGAUCCGUGUGUACACCGCGGAAGAGGAAGAGGAGGAAUCCGAGGAUCCAUGGUCGUCCUGUUCGGAGCCAGAAGAUGGGGACCUCGUCGGCGGCGUGGAGGCUGGCACCACGGAGCUGCUGUGGUGCCGAUCCUCCUUUGGCCGGCUUUUGGCUGCGAGCUGA